CCACCACCACCACCACCACCGCUACUACUGCCACCACCGCCACCACCCAUAACCGCUGCCGUUCCGCGUCCCGGGCCUCUCGCCAUGCCAGAGAACGGCAAGGACGUAAAGUCUGAAUCGCAAGACGAAAAGGAAAAGCGCGACAAGACUGAGAACAAUGGCGGUCAUGUUCAUCCGGCCAAGAGCCCCAAGAAACGCCGCAAGGUCAACCACGCUUGCGUCUACUGCCGGCGAUCUCAUAUGACAUGCGAUCUCGUAUGAACGACCGUGUACAAGAUGCAUAAAGCGCAACAUUGGCCACCUCUGCCACGAUGAGCCUCGCGAUGCCGAUUUCAAAAAGGCCAAGAGC